AUGUUGACAUGCGCGGGGCCCAUCGGGGUGCACGCGUGCAGGCUGAACAACGGGCUCGCGCUCGCCUCUCAGAAGGUUCAGACGCCAGACAAUCUGGAGAUGGACGAGAUGGAUGAGGAGGAAAGAACCCGCCACCUCCGCAGGCUCCGCAAGCGGGGAGUGGACUCCAAUUUUCCGGCCCCACCGCCUCUGGAGUUUUCCCGGCGUUGCAACGGCACGUGCCGAAAGGACCGGACCGUCCCCAUCAUGCCUGGGGAACCAGGCCGCGGCCGAAUGCACGUCUUCCCCAGUCUGCCGCCACGGCGCAUUGCUGGCUGCCUCGAGGGCCCGGAGCUCGAGGCCGCACGGGCGGAAUGGCAUGCUCUGGACAAGACCGACGAGCGGGAGGCGAUGCGCCGCGCCCGCAACCUUGCAAUGAGUCGCUCAGCGCCGCAUCGCAAGGAUGACUCCGCACGCCGAGCCGAGGCGCGGCGCAAGAGCACGAGCCAGCAGCGGAGCCAUCGCGUGGCAGAUCGGGCCCGAUGGCGCCUCCGCAGCGACGACAUUGCAGACAAGAGAGCGCACCGCCAUUGGAGGGCUGUCGUAAUGCGGAGCGGAAUAGGCCGCGCGUUCGACCUGACAGAGCGGGGUGCACCGACGCGGCAAGACCCCUUGGGCACCGAGUCGACGCGGCUGGAGAAGAUUCGCCUCUACAACAACGCGUGUCUCCUCGAGGAGAGAAUGGACGAGUUUUUCGCUGCCUGGGACCGCGAGGGCGAGGCCAUCAGUUUGGAGCACGGCUCGGACCGAGCCCUCUCGCUCGUUGCCAAACGCGUUGUCACGGCUGCAAGGAGCGAGGAGGCAGCAGAUCGGAGAGCCGCAAAGGCGCGUGACGAGGCGGCGCGCAGCGCAUGUGGCCCGCGGCCGAGCCAGCAGUACGGCGAGAGUGAAUCCGCCUUCAGGGCUCGGCAGCGUGCCUACAACGCGAGGCGCAGAUUUGAUGUCGUUACGGAGGACCAGUGCCAAGGCGAGGCGACGAGCGGGAGCACGAGCAGGCGCUGCCGGCUGCGUGGUCAUAUGGUCUAUGCUCAGGCGGCGCCGCUACGCUGCGGCGGGCGGUACUGCGCACACCACGAGCCCGAUCCCGCUCUCUCCGGGGUCACACGCUGCGCUGGUCUCUGCCCGGGCGGCGUUCCGUGCAAGCUGACCAGCGCGUGCAGCUUCCCGCUGGCACGGCCUCUGCGCGAGGGCGGCCUCUACUGCACCCGCCACAUGUGGCAGGACUGGACGCCGCCCGCGGAGUGCGUCGGCGCUGUUGGCGGGUGCGCCGCGGCGGUCGAUGCGGACUUCGACGCGAGCGUCGCCGAGUCGCUCGGCCUCGGGUACUGCAGCGCGUGCGAGAGCUCCUGGCGCGCUCUCGGCGGCUGGUGCUCGGCGGAGGACCGUCGGAGAUGGUUUCACGAGCGCGACAUGGUCGUGCUGGUGCGCUGCUCGGCAUUGAACGCGGACGGCAGCCCCUGCCGUGUGACGAGCAUGCAGGCGCAUGCAGGCGCGGAGCCUCUCCGCCGCGGCGCCGACUGCUGCACCGUGCAUGGCGGCGAGCUUCUGGUGGACCGAUCGCAUCCCGCUCCUCCUGUCAACUUUGUGGCGGGGCAGGUGGAGGCGCGCCGCAUCGUUCUGGAUCGAGGCCGCAACGCGGGGGGAGGCGCCGGCCUCAACUACGGCGUGUUUGCGCAGGCGUUUGACCGUACGUGA